GACGUGCUGCUGACGGCACUUGCGCAGUGAGGUGCCGCGUUGGUCGUGGAAGUGUCCGCGUUGAGUUCCUUUGCCAAGAAACAAGUAAAUUGAAAUUACAAAACAAAAACUCAAAAUGCUGGAAAUUCAAGCAGCUUCUAAGGAGCAAGGAACAGAGUUAACAUUUCAGAUCGGAAAACUUCCCUUGGGUUCUCUUGUCGUAGCUAUUUGACUUCAUGACAUAACUCCACCUUACAAUAAUAUUGAAGUGAAAAAUCAUCGGCUGGCGUUGGCGUUUGUACUCAGAACAAUAUUAUGGGCUGAAGGGCCACUGUUCUAUGAUGUCUGGAGGAUGUUCCCAAGAUGAACUGAGUGAAAUGAAUUCUUAGCACAUAUCAUACACCGACUCUUAUGAUGAGCUUGGGUCAUUUCAAGUGCAUCGAUCUGACAAAUUUAUCAUAGAAACCCCAUAAUGACGGACAAUAAACGCCUCGCCUAUUCCAUCAUUCAGUUUUUACGUGAUCAGCUUCAGUCUGGGGAUCUGACUUCAGAUGCUCAGGAAAGCUUAGAGGUUGCAGUUCAGUGUUUGGAGACGGCAUUUGGCAUCUCAGUGGAUAAUGAGGAUCUUGCUGUAUCUCGAACACUCCCAGAGAUUUUUACAGCUGCUAUUAAUGAGGAGAUACCUAAUGUGGUUGUGGACUCUGUGCUUCCCUCUCCAACUGUUGAAGAUCUCUCAAAAGCUGAACUAUUGAAAACCGAAGGAAAUGAACAGAUGAAAAUAGAAAAUUAUCCGAGUGCAGUGGAUUACUACACAAAAGCUAUUGAAUUGAAUCCUAACAAUGCAGUUUACUUUUGCAACAGGGCAGCAGCAUACAGUAAACUAGGAAAUUACACUGGAGCAGUACAAGACUGUGAAAAGGCAAUAGCAUUUGACCCAUGCUACAGCAAAGCCUACGGCAGAAUGGGGUUGGCCCUGGCCAGUCUAAAUAAAUACAGUGAGGCAGUUAAUUACUAUAAAAAGGCUCUGGAGCUGGAUCCUGACAAUGAAUCAUACAAAGCAAACCUCAGUGUAGCAGAACAGAAGAUUAAGGAUGCACCAAGUCCAACAGGAGGCAGUGGUGGAUUUGAUCUGGCAGGCUUACUGAAUAAUCCAGGUUUCAUGAAUAUGGCAUCUAAUCUAAUGCAGAAUUCCCAAGUACAGCAAUUAGUUUCUGGAAUGAUGUCUGGAUCCUAUGGUCCAGUAGGAGGAAGCGCAGGAGGGCCUGGAACAGGAGCCAAUGACAUUGCAGGCCUCAUCCAAGCAGGGCAGCAGUUUGCACAGCAGAUGCAGCAGCAAAACCCAGAGCUAAUUGAACAGUUACGGAGCCAAAUCAGGAGCCGAACCCCUAGUGCCAGCAAUGAAGAACAGUCCUAACAGCAGACGAAGAGACAUGGGCCGGUCCAACCCUUACUACCACUACCACUAGUUCUUCUGCAAGUUGAGGUUAUCUUUGCCAUGAGGAACUCAAAAUAAUGGUUUCUACUGUCACUUGCAUGUUCAGGCGGAUACUCAGGGCGAAGAGCCGACAACUUGUACACAAGAAAUUGAAACAAAACUGGGCUUUCAGGCUUGCAAAAGCAUCUCAUCAACUUUUUGUGGAAUUCCAUGUAUUGAGCUUUCUGUGAUUCUCAAGUUUUUUUUUAAUCAGAAUUGUCAGAGGAACACCUAACUGCACUGUCACUUCAGAUCAUCUGUCAACCUGCAAGAUUCCUUUGUUUCUUAGGGGGAAAAAAAUCUACAGAACGAACAGCAGUGAUUUUAUACCUCGCCUUCUCACAAUAGUGGCAUUUUUAUUGAUAAUUUGGUACUGUUUAGCUUGCAAAGCUUAAGAACUUUUUUGUUGCCCGAAAUAUUUUUCCAGAAUUUCAGAAGAAUAGACCAGCAGAGUCAGUGUUUAAACUAAAUACAGCAUAUGGGAUGACUAACAUCAUGUUUUUCAUUCAUGUAGAUUUUCUUUUAAUGGUGUAUAAGAUUGUCUGUCUGAAAAUGUCACAUGGAUUUGUGAUUAGCUUUUUAAAGCAAGAAAUGAACACCAACCUUAAGGUGGCCCUGUGACAAUUAUUUGAAAUAUCACUAACAUCACCAGCUUGACAGAACAGAGAUUAACUUCCAUUCUGUAGAUGAUAAAUUUAGGAAAUGCCUUUACAGUGUGGCCCUCGGUGCAUGCAACAAAAAGGUAACAAGUUAUUAAUUGAAAUCUAAUUGUUCACUGUUAUGAUUAGUUGUUAUUGGCAGUGGUGGGGGGAUUGUGGUGGAGAAAUGGGGACGGACAGUGGGUCGGAGGUCCCAAUUUGGUAAUCUCAACCACUUCAGGAUACGGCUGCUGUUCCCAGGACUAAACAAACCUCAUAUUUUGAACAAUUUCAUGUGCAGUGUUCUGGCUACAGGAAUAAAGGAACUUCAUUGGUAGCCAUUGUUUAUAACCUGGUUGUAAAAAGGAUAAAAUGAAAUGAAGGUUCUUUUAUGUUAUGUGAACUAUUUCCAUUAAUUUCUUUCAACUCACUUAUGGAGUCAUUUAUUUUAAUUUCACAAUCACUAUUCAUGGAAGUGUUUUGGUGUCCAGUUUGUGCUCAUAUAUUCAGCCUUUGCAAUGUGGAUAAAACAACAGGUUUGCUAUUGUUGUGGACCGAAUCCAACCCAAGAAGCUGAUGAAAAUUCCUGCAAGAAUUGGAUGCAUUCAUUCACUGAUUUGUACUGAACUUUCUGGAUCACAGAAUGCAAUCCAGAAAAUUCUGAUUUAAAAAAAAAAUCCAAGAAUCCCAUGUCAUGAAGAUUGAAAUUAAUCAGUUGCCAUAACUUGAUUUGUCAGGUUCCUUUCUCCUUACAAGUUCAUAAUGGUUCCAUGCCGAAGUACACCAACAAAGGAGAAAUACAUAAACCAUAUGUUGCAGGUGACUCAGAUUGAGUUUUGAUUGUCAGGGCACCCAUUUUGAUUUGCAAUGUUUCAGUGUUAUUAUUAGCCAUCCUUCCAAAAAUGAAUAUUUAAGCAAAGUUCCAGCCCAGAUAGACGGUCGUCUUCCCAUUUAUAAUAAUGAAGGUUAGUACUUUGCCAAUGACAUACUACUGCCCCCAGAAUAAUCUGAUAAUUUAACAUUUUUAAUACAUUUGAAUUGCAGGAUAUUUGUACAUUGUGUUAUUUAAAUAAAAUUUAGGAGGAGUAUUGUUCAUUUAAUCCACAGAAGAAUCCAGUGCUAUCAAACUGUCACCAGUCAGGAUCUCGUUAUGUACAACAAUAACAUAAAGUUCUAUA